AUGGCGGCGCUUACUGAUGAACAGAUCCGUGAAGCGUUUAAUCUCUUCGAUGCGGACGGCUCCGGAGCUAUCGACGCGGAGGAAAUGGCACUGGCAAUGAAGGGUUUGGGUUUCGGAGACCUUCCAAGGGAUGAAGUGGAACGGACUGUACGGUCGAUGAACACCAAUGCCAAUGGUCUCAUUGAAUAUGGGGAGUUUGAGCGGAUGGUCAAGUCACGGAUGGCACAGAAGGACUCCCCAGAGGAAGUGUUAAAGGCGUUCCAGUUAUUCGACUUGGACAAAAAGGGGAAAAUCUCGUUUGCAAACCUGAAGGAGGUGGCUAAGCUCCUUGGAGAAAACCCCGGCGAUGACGUGCUGCAAGAGAUGAUUGCCGAAGCAGAUGAAGAUGGCGAUGGCGAAGUGUCGUUUGAAGAAUUUAAGAGCGUCAUGAUGCAGAUGCGUGGCAAAUAG